AUGGGAGAUAUCCCGCGACCACUCACGACUGUCCAUCUGUCCGAGCGAGCAGCCCAUGCACCACAUAAUCUUGGGGAGUCUCGGAUACUCGAGAUCUCAGAGAAUGCGCAGGCCAAUGCGGACGUUUGCCCGGGCCUUGCUUCGGCUUUAGGAGCGGAUCAGGCCUAUGACGAAAUUGACGAACUAAUGCCAAUGUAUGCCCAGACUGUGUUUGCGGAUGUUUGUGCAACGUCGGCUCGGAAACUGCUGGAGCAGGUACUAGCAGGAGCAGAUCCACCACGUCUGGUGGAGAAGGUCAAGGCUCUCGCCUCGCGGCCUUUCGACGCGGCAACAGCAGAUACCACCGAAGCACGGGACCUGACAAGCAGGCUGAAGGCUUUGGUGAAUUUCUCGCCUGCCCUGACCUAA